CCAAGCGCAGCCCGCACCCCGCGCAGCGGCUGAGCCGGGAGCCAGCGCAGCCUCGGCCCCGCAGCUCAAGCCUCGUCCCCGCCGCCGCCGCCGCCGCCGCCGCCGCCGCAGCCGCCGCAGCCGCCCCCGGGGCAUGGCCUGUCUGAUGGCCGCUUUCUCGGUCGGCACCGCCAUGGUGAGUGAGCGAAUCCUUCGUCCGCCGGGAACGGUUUUAUUUUCAAGGAGAGCAGGAAACACACAAAGACUCGCAAGCUCGACCUGACACCCCUCCCUGGAGCGCGUCCUCUGGGCGCUGACCCAGGGCACCCUAGAGUGGCGCCCGGCUCCGAUCGCUGCCCCUGCCCCUCCGCCCGGGCCACCUGGAGCCUCGGGAUGCCCCUUGCACCGGCAGAGAGCACGGACUAGGUGGAGGGGCCGGGAGUGGGGCGGGGGCAGCGAGUUGCCCUACAAGUUGGACCUAUGGCCUUGACCUGAUGGCUUCUGGGCGGGGGGCGUGGGGAGCUGGGGACCCGGAGCGCACUGGGGAUUGGGGAGGGGCCGCAGCUUGGGCCGGAGGGAAGAGGGGACUUGAAGAAGGGGAGCCCCGCGCGUGCGGCUGUGGGCUUGGGGACCGGGGACUUCUCGCGCCAUCCCCAGGAACGCCAGGCAAGGUCUGGGGGAACAAAAGAGGAAGCUGCCCCCAGAGAGCCGGAGCCUGCGACUGCACUCCCGGGGACACCCUCUCCCGGACCCACUCGGGGAGGCGGCGGCGAAGGCCCGGGGAGACCCGCGAGGGGCAAGCCCGGAUUCCUGCCGGCCGCCUUUCUGCGCGCGCCGGAGAGAGAGACGCGGUGGGGACAGGGAUGCGCAUUUCACUUCCCCGAGCUCCGGAGAGGGAUGGCGGGGUGUCGGCGAGUUCACUGCUGGACACAGUUACUAAUGCCAGCAGUUACUCUGCAGAGAUGACGGAGCCCAAGUCGGUGUGUGUCUCAGUGGAUGAGGUGGUGUCCAGCAACAUGGAGGCCACUGAGACGGACCUGCUGAAUGGACAUCUGAAAAAAGUAGAUAAUAACCUCACAGAAGCCCAGCGCUUCUCCUCCUUGCCUCGGAGGGCAGCUGUGAACAUUGAAUUCAGGGACCUUUCCUAUUCGGUUCCUGAAGGACCCUGGUGGAGGAAGAAAGGAUACAAGACCCUUCUGAAAGGAAUUUCUGGGAAGUUCAAUAGUGGUGAGCUGGUGGCCAUUAUGGGUCCUUCCGGGGCUGGGAAGUCCACGCUGAUGAACAUCCUGGCUGGAUACAGGGAGACGGGCAUGAAGGGGGCCGUCCUCAUCAACGGCCUGCCCCGGGACCUGCGCUGCUUCCGGAAGGUGUCCUGCUACAUCAUGCAGGAUGACAUGCUGCUGCCGCAUCUCACUGUGCAGGAGGCCAUGAUGGUGUCGGCACAUCUGAAGCUUCAGGAGAAGGAUGAAGGCAGAAGGGAAAUGGUCAAGGAGAUACUGACAGCGCUGGGCUUGCUGUCUUGCGCCAACACGCGGACCGGGAGCCUGUCAGGUGGUCAGCGCAAGCGCCUGGCCAUCGCGCUGGAGCUGGUGAACAACCCUCCAGUCAUGUUCUUCGAUGAGCCCACCAGCGGCCUGGACAGCGCCUCCUGCUUCCAGGUGGUCUCGCUGAUGAAAGGGCUCGCUCAAGGGGGUCGCUCCAUCAUUUGCACCAUCCACCAGCCCAGCGCCAAACUCUUCGAGCUGUUCGACCAGCUUUACGUCCUGAGUCAAGGACAAUGUGUGUACCGGGGAAAAGUCUGCAAUCUUGUGCCAUAUUUGAGGGAUUUGGGUCUGAACUGCCCAACCUACCACAACCCAGCAGAUUUUGUCAUGGAGGUUGCAUCCGGCGAGUACGGUGAUCAGAACAGUCGGCUGGUGAGAGCAGUUCGGGAGGGCAUGUGUGACUCAGACCACAAGAGAGACCUCGGGGGUGAUGCCGAGGUGAACCCUUUUCUUUGGCACCGGCCCUCUGAAGAGGACUCCUCGUCCAUGGAAGGCUGCCACAGCUUCUCUGCCAGCUGCCUCACGCAGUUCUGCAUCCUCUUCAAGAGGACCUUCCUCAGCAUCAUGAGGGACUCGGUCCUGACACACCUGCGCAUCACCUCGCACAUUGGGAUCGGCCUCCUCAUUGGCCUGCUGUACUUGGGGAUCGGGAACGAAGCCAAGAAGGUCUUGAGCAACUCCGGCUUCCUCUUCUUCUCCAUGCUGUUCCUCAUGUUCGCGGCCCUCAUGCCCACUGUUCUGACAUUUCCCCUGGAGAUGGGAGUCUUUCUUCGGGAACACCUGAACUACUGGUACAGCCUGAAGGCCUACUACCUGGCCAAGACCAUGGCGGACGUGCCCUUUCAGAUCAUGUUCCCAGUGGCCUACUGCAGCAUCGUGUACUGGAUGACGUCGCAGCCGUCCGACGCCGUGCGCUUUGUGCUGUUUGCCGCGCUGGGCACCAUGACCUCCCUGGUGGCACAGUCCCUGGGCCUGCUGAUCGGAGCCGCCUCCACGUCCCUGCAGGUGGCCACUUUCGUGGGCCCAGUGACAGCCAUCCCGGUGCUCCUGUUCUCGGGGUUCUUCGUCAGCUUCGACACCAUCCCCACGUACCUACAGUGGAUGUCCUACAUCUCCUAUGUCAGGUAUGGGUUCGAAGGGGUCAUCCUCUCCAUCUAUGGCUUAGACCGGGAAGAUCUGCACUGUGACAUCGACGAGACGUGCCACUUCCAGAAGUCAGAGGCCAUCCUGCGGGAGCUGGACGUGGAAAAUGCCAAGCUGUACCUGGACUUCAUCGUACUCGGGAUUUUCUUCAUCUCCCUCCGCCUCAUUGCCUAUUUUGUCCUCAGGUACAAAAUCCGGGCAGAGAGGUAAAACACCUGAAUGCCAGGAAACAGGAAGACUAGACACUGUGGCCCAGGGCACGUCUAGAAUCGAGGAGGCAAGCCUGUGCCCGACCGACGACGCAGAGACUCUUCUGAUCCAACCCCUAGAACCGCGUUGGGUUUGUGGGUGUCUCGUGCUCAGCCGCUCCACCCAGCUGGGUUGGAUCCUCUCUCCAUUCCCCUUUCUAGCUUUAACUAGGAAGAUGUAGGCAGAUUGGUGGUUUUUUUUUUUUUUUAACAUACAGAAUUUUAAAUACCACAACUGGGGCAGAAUUUAAAGCUGCAACACAGCUGGUGAUGAGAGGCUUCCUCAGUCCAGUCGCUCCUUAGCACCAGGCACCGUGGGUCCUGGAUGGGGAACUGCAAGCAGCCUCUCAGCUGAUGGCUGCACAGUCAGAUGUCUGGUGGCAGAGAGUCCGAGCAUGGAGCGAUUCCAUUUUAUGACUGUUGUUUUUCACAUUUUCAUCUUUCUAAGGUGUGUCUCUUUUCCAAUGAGAAGUCAUUUUUGCAAGCCAAAAGUCGAUCGAUCGCAUUCAUUUUAAGAAAUUAUACCUUUUUAGUACUUGCUGAAGAAUGAUUCAGGGUAAAUCACGUACUUUGUUUAGAGAGGCGAGGGGUUUAACCGAGUCACCCAGCUGGUCUCAUACAUAGACAGCACUUGUGAAGGAUUGAAUGCAGGUUCCAGGUGGAGGGAAGACGUGGACACCAUCUCCACUGAGCCAUGCAGACAUUUUUAAAAGCUAUACAAAAAAUUGUGAGAAGACAUUGGCCAACUCUUUCAAAGUCUUUCUUUUUCCAUGUGCUUCUUAUUUUAAGCGAAAUAUAUUGUUUGUUUCUUCCUAA